UGCAACCGGAAAAACAUAUUAUAUUUAUUUAAGGCUAACUUUAACGACAGGAAUUUUGCCCCAGUGUGACGCUGGGUCUUAAUGCAAAACAAAACACAACUAAUUAAUACAUUGACCGUCCUAAAGAUCUUGGUAGGAGAGCAAAUGCAAAGUUCUAAUGUGUGGAUGAACGGUUGGUAACUGUUAGCUAAAAUGUAUGAGACAAGCAAGCUAACAGGCUAGUAGUGGUGAAGGUAUGUUGGAUUUACUGAAGGCAUGGUGACUGACCGAGGACGCAGUAAACCACUGGGCUAAUAAUGAUAACGACGAGCGGAUCAUCUCUGGAAUUUGUGCAAACCGUUGAAACCCCGGUAUGGAGCGUGACGGCGUUAUGCUUUGGCUUAUUUACACCUGGACACGCACAGUAACGGACCGAUGCUAGCUCGCCUCCACGGUGACAUGACCACGGUCGUUCCGUUCAGCCGCAUCAGAGUACGCGGGUGUCGGUGAUGCUGUGGGUCCCGGUUGGUUGACCUCAAAUCAUGCAAAACUGCGAGUAUCAGCAGAUCGACCCGCAGGCGCUCCCGACACCCACUCCAACCCCACCGCCUCAUCAUGGACACGACGGCGACAAGACGGAGGAGCCGAGGAGACCCAGGAGAAAGUGGGAAGUUUUCCCCGGGAAGAAUCGCUUUUACUGCAAUGGGCGCAUUAUGCUGGCUCGCCAAAGCGGGAUCCUGCCCCUCACUCUCGCCCUCAUACUUGUCACAAGUGGAUUAUUCUUUAUAUUUGACUGUCCCUUCCUGGUCAAACACCUGACCAGCUGCAUCCCCGUCAUCGGAGGAGUCCUCUUUGUCUUUGUGAUCACCACGCUGCUCCGGACCAGCUUCACCGACCCUGGUAUCCUGCCCAGGGCGACACCAGAUGAGGCUGCAGACAUCGAAAAACAGAUUGACAACACCGGAAACGCCAGCUACAGGCCUCCACCACGCACAAAGGAAGUCCUCAUCAACCAGCAGGUUGUCAAGCUCAAGUACUGCUUCACCUGCAAGAUGUUCCGGCCCCCGCGCACCUCCCACUGCAGCCUGUGUGACAACUGUGUGGAGCGCUUUGACCAUCACUGCCCCUGGGUUGGGAACUGCGUAGGGAAGCGCAACUACCGCUUCUUCUACACCUUCAUCGUGUCGCUCUCCUUUCUGACAGCAUUCAUCUUUGGCUGCGUGACCACACAUCUAGCGCUAAGAGCUCAAGGAGGAAGAGGCCUGGUGUUUGCGCUGCAGGAGAGUCCUGGCAGUGCAGUGGAGCUGGUGAUAUGUUUCUUUUCAGUCUGGUCCAUCUUGGGCCUCUCAGGCUUCCAUACAUACCUCGUCGCGUCCAACCUGACCACUAAUGAAGAUAUUAAAGGCUCCUGGUCAGGAAAGAGUGGCGAAGAUGUGACCAACCCAUACAGUCAGAAAAACAUCUUUAUCAACUGCUGUUCAGUUCUCUGUGGGCCCAUGCCACCAAGCUUGAUCGACAGGCGAGGUUUCCUGCCAUCAGAGGACUCGGCCCAGCCCGGCAGUGCAGACAUUGAGCUCCCACCUCUGGCUACCAAAAGCGAGAUAAAUGCGUGUACGCAGGGAACUAAAGGUCUGCUGGAGUCCGCCACGCUCUCGCCACUCUUGUCCGCUUCAUGUCCUCAGGGGAAACCUCAGACAGCUCAGACCUGCCCAGACAACGGCUCCGCAGUCAACUCUGGCCCCUCGCCACAGCUCUCCACAAGUUGCGGGGUCCGCCAUCCUGCUGGCUCCACGGGUGACCGGUCCUCCCUACAUCACACCAGGACUCGCUCAAAGAAAAGCAAACGGGCUGCACUGCAUAUUCCCAACCCAGCCUUUGAUGUCCCUGUCUCCCCUACCUCUCCGGACACAGACCCCAGCUUCAAGGCUGGUGGCCACAAAGGUGCCGGCUUCACCCCUUUGCACUGACUGACUUAAGUGAUGAUGCACACUGGUUGAAUCUUGCAUGCUGUAACACAGUAUGAAUCCAAAUCCUUCUUAUAUUGUCUGUUGUUUGCCUGAAAGUGCUGGAUCUAGUAGUCACAUGUUAAGGACAUGUUAUUCAUAGAGCUAUAUGGCUUUCUUUUAUAAUACAUGGAUUUUACCAGCAUGUAUGAUACACUAGGUAUUACGAAAGAGGACCAUUGAUGUUUGGAGAAAUAAAGCUGAAGAAAACUCCAUUCUGAAUAUGAAAAACACACAUGUAAUUUCUAUAAUAUUGCACUGCUCAGUUUUAUAGUGUGGAUUUAAGCCAGGUUGUCCUUAAGCUGUAGAGCAGAGACAGUUUGUACUGUAAUGUGGACGAUUUACACUUGAAAGUCUUGGGAUUUGUACAGAAUCCACAGAGUGUUGUCUUAUGUUUUAAAUAUGUAUAUGAUGUCACUGAUUUCAAUUACUCUCAUUUGGAGUGAAAACCUUUAAUGGACCUCAUAAAUUCCUCCAGUCUCUGAACCUCUACUUAAAGAAAGCACAUGAUUCCUCCACACACGUUUUUCUUUGGCUUCUACAGCGUUUGAUUUGGAUUGAUACAUUGAUGCUUGACCCUACUAAUUUAAGGUGAUUUAACUGCAAAUGUAUUUCAGGCUCUGUGGCAAAUUACGUUAAUUUUUGAGUUCUCAUGCAUUGGAUCCGUCAGAUAAGCUCUUUCUAACUUUUGAAAUGAGAACAGGUCAAAUCUUCACUAAGAAUCACUAGGUGUUUAUUGUGACAAUUUGUGGCCCUGUCUACCUGGAAUAUGAACUAAAAACCUAUAUUUAAGUCAGAAACAAAACAGACAUCUGGUCCCAUUUUUCACUUCCCAGAACUAUACGUACAGUACGUUUAACUGUACGUGUGAAACAUUACAAAUAUUUAAGUCGUUUGUCAUUGGGCAAGCAGAAUAAACAGUUUAUUUUUUUAAACCAAUUUUAAUUUUACUGAAAUCCAAUACUUUGCAAUUGUUCCACAUGAUCUAUAGGUGGUAAAUGUGGAUGUAGAGCCAGAUAUUGUGUCAGCAGUUGUAUUUGCACGUGUAGUACGGGGGGACAAUAGCAAAUGUCUGCCCACAGGCCUGCCAGCUACUUUAAUUCAAGCCUUGGAAGUAAACGGUUACUGUUGGUUCAAAUCUUAUGAAAUGGCUGUUUGUCUGUGAACAAGUUCAUGUUGUAAAAUGAUUGAAAUUGCACUAUGUGAUUUAUUUAAUUUUUGUAUUGCUUUUCCCAGGUUUGAGAGAGUUAGCAUCAACAGGGCAACUGUUUUUUGUGGUCCUUCUGUGACGUUCAGCUGUAACUGCAACUGGCAGUAAAUCUGCAUGAUAAAGAUGUAUUUUAUGGUA